GCCGAAAAGGACACAGUUUGUGAGGAAUGCCCACCGGGGACGUUUUCGGAUGAGGAUUCGCCCUGGCAGCCUUGCCGAAGACACACCAAUUGUGCCAAGCUCCGAAAGGCCACGGCCACAUAUGGAAACGCCACCCAUGAUGCUCAGUGCGCCGACCCCAUGACCAGUCGGCCAGCCGGCAGGUCAACCGAGGACACAGAGAGCAUUCCCAUUGAGGAGACUUCAGCCAGAGGUGAAUGGGACUUCAGCCUCCUGGGAGGGCUGCUCUUCUCCGGGUUGGCACUCUGCACAUGCUCGGUGGUGGCGGUCUGGCGAAAGAGGAGGGCUUGCAGCACAUGGAUCCUGCCCAGGAAAUUGGAGCUGUCGAACCAGGCGAAGAUAUGCGCAAAAGAGAUUCGUUUGCUGAAUUCGGUGGAAGAAGAAGAACAAGGUAAUGCGCCAGGCCCUGAUGGCAACUCGUUCCAGGAUAUGGAGGCAUUGCCUGUUUUAGAACUGGUUCAAGGGGACGACGGAGGAUCGGGAGACACGCCUCCGCAGUGCACCAAUUGCAUUGAGAAGAUCUACAUCAUGCGAGCGGAUACGGUGAUUGUGGGCUCGGUCUCCGACGUCCCGCCCGGGAAAAAAGAUGACUGCGGAAGAGGAGAUCCCGGAGAGGAAAACGCGGUCAUGCGGUAUCCCGAACAGGAAACGGAGCCCCCUCCAGAAAGUGACCUCACAACCCCUGUGGAGGAAGAAUGGGAAUUCCACUAUUCUGGAGGGAAGACCUUGGCUGUCUAGGAAGCAUGACGCAUGCCCACCAAUAGUCCCGAACUUCCGAUUCAAUUCUAUUGAUUGCUUACAACCGUAUGAUUGGACUAGAUGACCUUUGGAGGUCCUUUCCAUCUCUGUGACCAGACUAGAUGACCUUUGCGGGUCUCUUCUAUCUCUAUUAUGGGGUUAGAUGACCUUUGAGGGUCCCUUCCAGUUCUGUGACUGGACUAGA